AAGAAAAAGGAAGGUGGUGAGAGUACUGGUAUUCUGAAUGUUGAGCAGUUGCAUGAGAAGGUUCAAAAGGGGAAAGAGAUGAGGGAUAAGGGGAAGAGUAUUAUGACUGAUGUUAAAAACGCUAAAAAGAAGAAGGAAUAUAAGCAGAAAACUAUGGUGUAUUUGGUAGAAACUGGUAAUAAAUUUGACAUUCUGAAUGAUUUACAGGUUCCUGAUCCUGUUGUGGAAUCUGGGGAAUGUUCUGUGCAAGAGUUAAAUCCCUUGAAUGGGGAUGAAAUUCAACUAAAUGGUGGAGGAACAAGUGUACAGGAAAAAGGAGUUGGGGUUGAAAAUGCUCAGGUGGAAUCUGAAUUAGAAAUUGUGGAGGACAUUCCUGAGAAGAUUGAUGAAGUCCAAUUGGUUAGUAGAGGUGUGGAGGUGAUUGGUGAGGAUGUUAUAAAUUUAGAGAGGGAUGGAGAAUGUGGUUUUGUUAAUAGGCAAGACUCUCCUUCUGGGAAUGGAUCCUUUUUUAUUGACCAUAAUUUUGUUAACAGAGUGGGUUGGAUUCUCUUUAGAUGA